GCCGCUCUGCCAGCACCAAGCGCAGUUACCAGGUCAUAGCAUGCUCCAUUUCCACCUGUUCAGAAACCUCCCGUCACAUCCUUGAAGCAGCUGCUCCGCGCGCCACAGAGAGUCUCUGGAAACAUCCGUUUGGCGCGGAUGUGGUGGUACACACCGACACGAUGAGCUUUCGAGUCCACCGCAACAUUGUGGAACCCGAAUCAGGUUGGUUUCGCGACAAUCUCCCCCCUCCAAACUUGGAUGGAUCCCCGGUCAAAGUGCGCUUGGGCUGUACUGCCGAGGCUGCUGCGCAUUGUUUGAGAUUCAUGUACACAGGGAGAAUCGAGAUUUGCGACAUUGAUCCAAAUUGUCCCUGGAGCAUCAUCCACCUUCCACGAUGUGUUCUGGGAUACUGUGCAGCAGUGUUCUUGCGGGUGAGUAGGAUGGCAGCUCACCUUCUCCGAAUCGUCGAAAAAACAUCCGUCGAGCUUGGGACUUUGGUGACAACGCGCUAUCUCCAUCAAAACCUGGACGAUUGCGAAUGGGUGGAAUUCUCCUGGCACUAUCAGAACGCCCUGGACAUUCUCUACGCCCAAGGCUCUCAGACUCUCAUGAUGCCGAUGAGAUUGGCGAUGGUAAGCGUCCUUGACACCACUCUCUUCUGGCUAGUACGACAUCCUGCUUUCAUAAAUCUCCUCCAAACGACUUGGCAGCACUUUCCAAACACGCUGUUGCUGGACCAGGCAGAAUAUCGUCGACUCCUGAAAGAAAACAAUCCCACUACCAAGAGCCCUGUGCCGACCGAAGCCGCGCUCGAAAAGCUGUUUGCGAAGGAGGAAAUGGAAAGCACAAUCAAGAACGAGUGCGUUAUCCCUGGAACUACGGAUCUUUCUGCUGGUCGGACAGUGCUGGCGUCUAGAGGAAGGGCACAAAGUUGCUACCGACGAAGAGGUAGCUCGCUGUGAAUGGAACUAAGAGAAUUCAAAUAAUGCGACAGCUCUCAGCAAAUGCUUGAGACAUGGCUUGAGAAAGGGGUGGCGAGGAAGCUGGCUACAAACGAGCCUUUUGUAUAUAGAUUAUACCAACAUUCAGCUUGGAAAGAUUAUUACAGUGGAGGGUUGCAGCUGAGGGUCAGCUGGAUAUGUAAAUGGCAUGGGCUUGACAGAG